UUCUCGCUCGGAAACGUACGAGCUAUUAGAGUGGAAAAGUUGUGGAUCGGGGUAUUUGUUCUUAUUUUUUUCUCGGCUACUAAUACGAAAUUAGAUUUCGGCAUUCAUACGUUGUAUCUUUUAUUGCGAGUGUUGCUAGCAUUUGCUGAAAAAGCUAUUUCUCAGUGUUAACUGUGUGCCUGAAGGAAGACCAGUUCACCAUGACUGAAAAUUCUGCUCCAGCACCAGCUGCUAAACCCAAACGUGCCAAGGCAGCUAAGAAACCCAGUGAUCACCCCAAAUAUUCGGACAUGAUUAUUGCAGCUAUUGAAGCUGAGAAGAGUCGCGGUGGCUCUUCGAGACAGUCCAUUCAGAAAUACAUAAAGAACCAUUACAAGGUGGGGGAGAACGCUGACUCCCAAAUAAAGUUGUCUAUAAAACGUCUGGUUACCAGCGGUGCCCUAAAACAGACCAAGGGUGUGGGAGCUUCAGGGUCGUUCAGACUGGCCAAGUCCGACGACACCAAGAAGGCACCGAAGAAAGCCAAAAAAGAAGGCAAGAAGGCUGCAGCAAAGAAGGCACCCAAUCCUAAGAAAGUGGCCAAAUCGCCAGCUAAAGCCAAGAAACCCAAAGCAGAGAAGAAAGCAAAGAAACCAGCAGAGAAAAAGAAGGCGGCUACCCCUAAAAAGCCCAAAGCCCCCAAAACAGUUAAAACCAAGGCAGCGAAGCCUAAACCUAAGAAAGCAAAGUCAUCCAAGCCAAAAGCAAAGUCAGGUGCUAAGAAAGCAGCCAAAAAGAAGUGAGGAUCAGAAAGCGAUUUUAAAGACUGUUGUAACGUGACCUUUAAUGCAGUUUGUAUAUAGUAUUUAUCCUUUUCUAUGACUUUUUGAAAUAUGUUCUUGUUAAAACUUAAUCGACCACGUAUGACAAGCAGGCGGAAACAGAAUGUGUACUGUUCAUUCAGGCUGCUCCACUAUUACUAUUACUGCGUUUCUUUCAAAGACUUGGCAUGUAGUACCGUUCAUUUUCUGUUGGGGGAAGGUGAGGGGGCACUAAAAAAACUCCGGAAUAUCAAGGAGUAGUGCUUUACUACUCAUUUAAAACGCUAGAAGUUGGAAAAUACAGUGUGUCGUUGUAUAUGUAUAUAUUGCUGAUGACUACUGCUGAAAAUGUACUUAGUACUUAAAAUGUCUCCUAAAGAUUGUAAAGUAGCUUUUGGGGCGAAAAAAAAUGUGCAACAUCAUUGGGAACUGCCCGCUAAGAUGUGAAAUGAGUUUGAUUAUUUUAUGUAAUAUAAUGUAAAAUAAAAUGAACAAAAAGUUGA